CGUGCGUCUGAAUGAAAAACGCGUCCGAAUUUCUUUUAAUAUUUUUGCUCAUAUUAUUAUAAAAAUUGCAACGUAUUUGUUUUUUAAUUUAUAGUCUGAGAAAUGUGUAUUUAUUCUAUGGUAUUGGUGUAUGUGAUGUGAUAAUGUGAUGUGCAAUUUCGUCUGAAAUGGAGACAAAUGCAAAUCAGAAGGUGUCGUGCAUAGUAAACUACGCGUACGACGCGUCGGAGCCAGACGAGCUAUCCAUUCGUCCGGGGGACGUGGUGCGGGACGUAGAGCGGCUGCCAGGCGGAUGGUGGCGCGGCGAGCUGCGCCAGCGCCGCGGCAUGUUCCCCGACAACUUCGUCUCCGUGCUUAACGACCAUGCUACUGGCAGGUCAUCGGUGCAGGGCCGGUGUCGAGCGGUGUUCAGCUACCAGCCUGCCAACCCUGAUGAGCUGCCUCUCUGCGUUGGAGACGUCCUCGACGUACUUGGGGAGGUCGAAGAAGGGUGGUGGCAGGGGCGGCGGCAGGGCCGCGUCGGCGUGUUCCCCUCCAACUUCGUAGUCAUGCUGGACGCGCAACCCGCGGCCGCCUUCGAGCCAGCGCCCGCGCUCCCACCCAAACCCGUGAAGGAGCAGUGCCGCGUGUUGUUCCCGUACACGGCGGUGAACGACGACGAGUUGACCCUGGCUGAAGGCGACAUCGUGAGCAUCGUGUCGAAGGACGCGCCCGACCGCGGCUGGUGGCGCGGCGAGCUGCACGGCCGCCAGGGACUGUUCCCGGACAACUUCGUGCAGAUCAUACCCGCCGUUGCACAAGAUGCAGAGGAGAAGAAACCAGAGCGACCGCCGAGCAAGACGUCCAACGCUGUCUACCCCAUACUCAACAAGUACUCGGAGAAAACCGCCUCCGUCAAAGAACUGACCACUUCUAAAAUAAGUUUGCACAAAGAGAACACAAUAAGCAAGGAGAGCAGCACACAAAGUACAGUCACGCACACAAACAAGAGCGAGUCGGAGAAGCUGAUACACAGCGAGACGGUCUCCGAUGGAACCUUAGACGGACAGAUAAAGAAACCUCCAGUGCCAUUGAAGAAGAGCCCUACACCCACAUCGGCCGUCACCGGGCUGUUCAGCGGGCUCAAGAGCAAGAUGCUGCCGAACGCUGACAAAGAGAAAGAGAAGUCCCCGGCGGCGGCGGCGUCGAGCGGCAGCAGCAGCGGCAGCGGCGGCGAGUGGGACCGGCCGGACGGCGCCGCGCAGGCGCGCCCCGCCAGCACCUUCGACCACGUCGAGCGGAACUCCAUACUCAACGACCCGCGCGCCGGCAGAGUGAAAGCACCAAGGCGACGGCCGCCCAGCCAAACACUCCGCGACGACACCCCACUACAAAUUGGACUCAGUAAUGGACAUGAAGACUUGCUUGACCCAGGCAACCCUGUUCCAGCUGAAAAAACUCUGACAGAGAAGGCGGAAGAGAUCAAGCCUCGUACUCGCGAGUGGGAGAAACACCGCGCGCCGUGGAUGGAGGAGCUGAAGCUGAACCAGGCCAAGAAGACCAGCUUCGGGGCCGAGGGCAAGUCGCGCUCCGUGAGCUCAGACGCCGGCGUCGCGGGCAAGACGACCACCGGCAGCACUGACCGAAUUCUAGACUGCGGCUUAGAAGAAAAACGGUCGACACAUUCAAUGGAAAUGUCCAAAAGCACGUCGUCUAUCAGCAGCCGGAUAUCAGUCCUGGAGAGCUUCGAUGAGACGAAGGUCCGCCACUCGCUGGAGUCCAAGAAGGAUGUGGCACCCCCGCCCCCCACCAGCGAGCCCCCCAGCAACAAGCCCACGGCACAGUCGCCCACCGCCGCGGGCCGCACGUUCACGACAAUGCUGGACGAGCUGAAGAAGCCGGCGCCGCCCGCCGCCACGGCGCGCACGCACAACGACAUCGACAAGUCCCCCCACAGGAGCGAGAGGACCACGCUCACGGCCGAGAAGCAAAGCGAGCUCACGAAGCUGUCAAGCGGGGUGUUGGACAAGACAAGUACUGUGGAGAGAAUGGAGAAGACGACCGAGGAGAGGAGCAUAGGGGAUAAAGUGAGCUCUCUGGAGAGGCGAGGUCACAAGGGCGACCGGAGUGAUGUGGAGGCGUUAGUCGCGCAGCUCAAUAAUAGGAUAACAAACUUGGAGAAGCUACUAGAAGUUCAAAAUGCGAAGUUCAACGCGGCCAUCGCCGAGCUGACCACCAAGUUGAACAUGGAGACGGAGAAGAGACAGGCUCUGCAGGCCGAGGUGGAGAAACUGGCGCACUGCGUCACCUCCGUGUAGGGAUACACCAAAUAUUCGCAGCACUCCUACAGCACUUUAGCACAUUAUGAUUCCAGAACACACCAUCUAAUUUUAUUUUAAGUUAUACCCGUCAUUUUCUUAUCCGCCGAAAAGAAAGGAGACGGGUAAUCUACAGGCAUAAAAUUUAUGGGACAUUCAAUUUUCGGCAGAAAUUUAAACAACACUCAAAAUUUUACAUUACCCAAUAACCCGAGAGUAAAGGUUAAGUUGGCAGCUUCUUAACACGCUCGUCCCGGCAAGAGCUGCGGGUUCAAGCCCCGUCCAAGUCAGAUUUUUCUUUCGAUUUAAUUUUAAAUUUGACAGCACACGUUUAACGCCCGAGUUAUUCAUUCAUUUAAAAAAUUACAAGCCGUCAAUCAUUCGUCCCUUUACUUUUGCGCGGAUAACAAUAUUAUAGGUGUAACUUAAAAUAAAUUUAGGUGUCUGCAGGAAUCAGCUUCCUCAUUAAAUAUAGCUUGUUUAGAAUAAUAACAGGACAGGGACAAAGUAUACAGUAUUGGUGCUGAACUAUCGAUAGAUAACCUUGAAAAUCAUCUAUACUGUCGAUAGUUUGUUGUCGAUAGUAGUGACUACUGCAAGAACUAUCUACAGUAUUGUUUUUUUUACUAUCGAUAGGCAACACUAUUAUAUAUAAUUAAAACACAUAAUACGGGUUCUUACCGCGUUUUAUUGUGUUAUUAUGUGUUUUAAUUAUGAUAAUAACCGCGUAAACUUAAAACAAUGUAUAACACUUUUAUACAAUCUAGUCACACCCCGGACACUACAUAGAAUAAUAUGUUUCUUACACAGACUGUACAGUCCGACCGACGGUAAAUUCCACUUGAUAUCAAUUCAGAAUCAUGGUCUGAAUCAUCCCUCUAAAGUUUUCAUUACGAUGUCACUAACACCCUGUAUAUAUCAUAAUGCUAUAUUUGAUGAGGUAUAUAAUCUGCUACAGUGUUACGAGUGGUCAGGGGCCUUAUUUUUGAAUCGCUCACCUUCAACUCGCGUGCGAAAAUGUAUACCUGUCUCAUCUUGCAAAUAGCAAGUUCUGAUGUGCUGCGUGAAAUAGGUAUAUUAUAUAUGUUCGAACGUGACUUGUAGGCGAGCGUUCAGAAAUAAGGCCUCAGGUUACAGAUGUAUUUUUAAUAAAGCUCGAUUCUAACAUGAUACCUCAAUAACACAAGGUCACGUCACAUUUUCGAAAAAAAAAAGGCUGUAUGUGGUGUAUUCUUCACUUGUAUUUUAUAUUUCUAUUUUACAUUCACAUUGGUUCUGAUUCCAGUACUCAGCAUCUAAUUUUAUUUUAAGUUAUACCAGUCAUUUUCUUAUCCGCCGAAAAGGAAAGGGACCGGUAAUCGACAGGCAUAAAAUUUAUGGAACACAUGACAAUUUUAGGUAGAAAAAAAUAAUAAUUAAAAAAAAUACACUUCCAGAAUGGUAUAUUGGUCAAUAACCCGACAGAAUUAGCAUUAGAAUAGAUAUAUAGAAUUAGCGAGAUGCCUAUUUUAUUCGUCCGGGUUAUUCAUUCAUUUUAAAAUUAACAGUUGUCAAUCAUCCGUCCGUCCUUUUCGGCGGAUAAGAAAAUUACGGGUAUAACUUAAAUUAAAUUAGGAGGUGUAUGCAGGAAUCGGGCCCAAUAUUUGUAUCAAGAUUAAUUUCUAAACGAUAAAGGGCACAUCAUAUAAAGUCUACGUUUGAUGACAUACACAAAAUCAUGUAUAUUUACCACCGGGGUAAGCAGAGAUUAUGAAAUUUAAUUUGCUUCGAUCCUACACUACAUACUGUGUAUGUACAGAUGCUAUAUUAUUUAUUUAUUUAUUGCUGUACUAUUGUACAUAGGAGUAGCCUACGCCCUACAGUUGAUUAAGGUGUGGGCACAGGAAGGACCAUCAGCCCAUCGGUGGCCCAUCAGUGGGACAUAUAUGGGCUGUUUGUAUAAUGUUCAUGAUCAAUGACCAUACAUCAUAUCCCAAACAUUAUCCCGUUUAUUCACAGGGCCGUUAACCUAACCUGUAGAUUUGACGGGUCGGUUUUUUACAGACGCGACUGCCUGUCUGACCUUCCAACUCGAGAAGGAAAUACCAGUCCAUUACAGGUUAUAUUAAUACAAGCCUCUUAAAAUAUAGUAUAGAUACUAAAUGAUGUAUCAAGCAAUUUGUGUAUUGAUUUACUUCUAACGUCAUGUGAGGGUCGAGCUUAAAAAUGGGUUUGAUCAAACCUAUAACACGAUUCAACAAGAGGAUUGCUUAUACGUAAAUAAGUGACGUUAUAUUUAACACAAUAGUUACAAUCAUGGUGUAAGAAAACCAGGUAUGCUCUAUCCUAUGACAAGCCACCAUUGCUAGCCCUUUGAUGACGUAAGUGUUACCACUGAAUUGGUAUCUCCAACAUUCCAAGGACGUAAAUUUAUUAAGCGUAUUACUAUCACUUGAUACAUUAUAAAAAUCAUUGAAAAAGUAAGUAUUUUUUAUACUAAAAAUUCUAAUUUGCCUUGCAAAGUAAAUUGAAAACAUUAAUCGUGGGUAAUUAUUUUUUAUGAAAUGGCAACGCAGGGUGUGAUGAUGUCACCGCGCCUAACAUUGAAAUGUUAGCUGUCACUUUUG